UCGAGCUCGGCUCCUCUCAUAUAAUUCCCCGUUAAUUGCUAAUUACCGCCCAGGCGUUUUAAUGUCCCGUCCGGAAAAGCGCUUCCUGCGAUGGCCGCGUCACAUAAAGCUUCUCUGGGCCGAACGCUGAUGCUGGCGCUCGCGCUCCUCUCACCUGCCUUCACUGUGCUGUGCAACGACAUCCUUGGCCUGAAGGUGGCAGGAGAUCCGGUUCUGACCCCCAAUGCAGUGUGUUUACGACUGGCAGGCUUGAGUAAGCGACAAAUGAGGUUAUGUGUCCGUAAUCCCGAUGUAACGGCUUCGGCCCUACAGGGCAUACAGGUGGCCAUUCAUGAAUGCCAACAUCAGCUCAAAAACCAACGCUGGAACUGCUCUACACUGGAGAACCAUGGCAAGGUGCCACAUCAGAGCACCAUCCUCAACAGGGGUUUCAGAGAGAGUGCCUUCUCCCUGGCUCUGCUGGCAGCUGGUGUGGCUCAUUCGGUGGCUUCAGCCUGCAGCAUGGGCAAGCUACGUGGCUGUGGUUGCGAUGCUAAGCGCCGGAUAGACGACGACAAAAUCCGCCUCAAGCUAACUCAGCUGCAGCUGCAGACCCUGCAGAGGACUGGGUUUAGGAACACACCUGAGUUUAAAACAAACCACAGCAAGCUGCCCUCUUACCUGCACUCCUCCCAUCCUGGCACACUCCUCAAACCAGAGGAGCUCACAUCACUGCAGGAGACCUGGGAGUGGGGAGGGUGCAGCCACGACCUUCGCUUUGGUGUUCGCUUUUCCAGGGACUGGCUAGACUCCCGGGGCUCGUCUCGUGAUAUCCAUGCCCGCAUGAAGAUGCACAACAAUCGAGUUGGCAGACAGAUCGUGACAGACAACAUGAAAAGGAAGUGCAAAUGUCAUGGCACCUCAGGAAGCUGCCAGUUCAAGACCUGCUGGUAUGUGUCUCCUGAGUUCCGGCUGGUGGGCUCCCUGCUGAGAGAAAAGUUCCAAUCUGCUGUCUUCAUCAACUCCCAGAACAAGAACAGUGGUGUGUUUAACCCACGCGUGGCGGCUGGGGCAGCCGGGUCGGAGAAUGGCAGGCCUCGACGGCGCAGCCUCUCCAGGGAGCUGGUUUACUUCGAGAAGUCCCCUGACUUCUGUGAGCGCGAUGCGUCUGUGGACUCGCCUGGCACUCAGGGCCGCAUCUGCAACAAGAGUAGUCCAGGGAUGGACGCAUGCGACUCACUGUGCUGCGGCCGCGGACACAACAUUCUGAGGCAGACACGCAGCGAGCGCUGCCACUGUCGCUUCCACUGGUGCUGCUACGUGCUGUGUGAUGAGUGCAGGGUCACAGAGUGGGUCAACGUGUGUAAAUGACCAGCCCUCUCCCUUAUUGGCCUAAGCUUUGGCUGGAAACAUUGGACAAGUGGGGGCAAAAGGCAUAAGCCUAUAUCUCUCACACCAAGUGUGUGUUCAACAGUAUCAAUUUAGCCACUUUUCCAUUCAGCCCUCUCAUCUGGGUUCUAUUUGUUUUGUGUGGCUGUUGUUAUUCUCCAAAUGCCAAGUCAAAAGACUGAGGAGAGGAGUGACUCAUGUCAUUUGUCUUUGUUUCCCCUGUUCGGGCUCUUCAGCCAUGAAAAUGCCCCGAACGCCAUCUGUGUUCUUCACAAUAACGAGGCACAACAGCAGGAAUGCAUUAUUGCAGAAAUGGAAAGGCAAUGCCACCAUAUACAGUUAUAUGUAUAUUUGGAAAUGUGCGCUUAAUGAAAUGAUCUCCGCCAUGACAAAUCUGUGCAAGUUGUGCUUAUGUUCUUUUAGAUGUCAAAACUGGUACCAUACGCCAGGCAGUUUUAGAGAGAACAGAAAACGUGCGUUUUUUUAUUUUUUUUUGCCCACUUCAUUGACUUAACGUAAACCAGGACAGCGGUGAUGUGAAUAUAACCUGUACCAAUGGAGGUUGGACAGUAAUAACGUUAAUAGCAAGGUUUGCCAUCAAUCUGAUUAAAAAACUAAUAUUUAAUCUUUCUUCAGAUCUGCUUUACUGUGUUUGAGACCAAAAGUCAAGAUACUGCAAUGAAUAAAUAGGUUGGAUUAGUCUGUUUGUGGAAAAUUGCAGAAAUGAUAAUCAUUUCAUAAUGACACUGAGAUGUAUUUUUCAUUUCUAACUUUUAUAUAAAUUAUGUUUAGUAAAAUUAAUUAUAAUGUGAUAUGAAUUGUCUCUUUGUCCCCUUCGGAAAACUGUCUUGUUUUCGCAUUUACUUCAGAAAGCUAUUGUUUUUGGCAGGAGAUUUCAUGCUGGAAGUUUUGUUCUUGUACAGUGGCUUCAGAACCAAGAAUGUGUCCAGAGAACUGAGAUGAAUGAUAAAUACGGGAAUUAAUCAGUAUCUUGCAGAGCGUGGCUCAAAGAGGGCACCCUGGAUUCCUUUGAGGCUGACGAGUAUAAGAGUGAACAAGAUUAAGGAGGAGAAUGACACCAGAUCAGCUGUAUGAACUUAACAGCUAGUUGACACUGCAACAUGUGACUCUGGGGACAGUUGGUGCUCGUUUUGCAUCUGUCACUGAAAAAGCCUGGAAGGAGCACUGUGCUUUAACUCAACACAGACCAGGCUAAUGUCAGCGCUGAGACUUUGGA